AUGUCUUGGCAACAAACCGGUGGAGCUCCACAGUACGGACAACGACCGCUAUAUAGCGGGUCCCCGCAACGACCACCACCAUACCAAGCACCGCCGUUUGGUGGAAGACCACCGGCACCACCAUUCGCUUCCCAAACAUUUGUCUCUAAUCCGCAUAGUAGUGUCUGGACAGAACACACAUCGGCUGAUGGCCGGAGGUAUUAUUACAAUACACUGACGAAACAAAGUUCUUGGGAUAAGCCAGAGGAGCUGAAAACUCCGGAAGAGAGAGCACUGGGGACAUGCCAAUGGAAGGAAUUUACAGCUGACGGCGGUCGAAAGUAUUAUUAUCAUGCGGGUACUAAAGAAACGACAUGGGAUAUGCCCGCAGAAUACAAAGAAUUUCUCGAAACCCUUGAAAAAGAGAAGAAGCCAGCAAGUCCACUUGAUCCCUCAACCCAGAUCAACGGUGCAGGUGCUUCGUUUCCAAACCAACAAGAUAUGGAAAAAGCCCGCAGAUUAAGCACUCCUGGAGUGAGCCCUGUAAAUGUCACUCCUCUCAGCAUUUCCGUACGUCCAUCAGGCGUCGCUGCACCAGUAGUCGGCCCGAACGUACCGAUAGUCACGCCAGUGCAGAAAAUCGAAGUGGAAUUUGAGACAAAGGAAGAGGCCCAAGCUGCGUUUAGGCGGUUGCUCAAGGAGUCGGGAGUAACACCAGAUUGGAGCUGGGAGCAAACGAUGAGGGCUGUUAUAACUAAACCGAUGUAUAAAGCGUUAAAGACUUUGAGCGAACGAAAGCAAGCUUACCAGGAUUACAUUGAUGAACUGCGUAGGAAAGAAGAGGAGGAGAAAAAAGCGAAAAUAGCAAAAACGCGCGCUGAAUUUAUUGAACUACUCGAAACUCGCCCGGAAAUCAAUUCAUCUACACGAUACAGAAAGAUAUGUGAAAUAUUUGCUCAAGAACCGGCAUUUAUGGCAGUUGAGGAUGAACGACAAAGAGAGAAAAUGUUCAAUGACUAUAUUUACGAACUUCGUAAACAAGAAAAAGAAGCAGCUCGUUCAAAACGUAAAGAGAACAUGGACAAAUUUAGUCGCCUUCUUCGCUCUUUAUCUAAUAUUGGAAUGACUACUCGUUGGAAGGAUGCCCAACAAAUAUAUUCUUCUACGCCUGAAUACCAAUCUGAUGAAAGUCUUCAGCGUAUGGAUAUGCUUGAUUUUCUCGCCGUUUAUGAAGAACAUAUCAAGUCUCUUGAGCGCGAAUAUAACCUGAAGAAGUCAAAGAUGGCAGACGCUAAGAAACGAAGAGAGAGAAAGAACAGAAGUAUGUUUAGAGAACUAUUGGAGGAAUUGAAACAAAAAGGUGUCAUUACGGCCAAAUCAAAAUGGUCCGAGAUUUAUCCGCUGAUAGAUACAGAUGAACGAUAUUUGAAUAUGCUCGGCCAACCGGGAUCCAGUCCGUUGGAAUUGUUCUGGGACGUUGUGGAGGAGUUGGAUGAGAUUCUAUACCAGCAGAAAAAAAUGGUGAUGGACGUUAUGAAGAAAAUGAACAUAACUGUAGGUCCAUCGUUGCCAUUAGCUGAGUUUAUGGCGACAGUAAAGUCGGAUGAACGGUGUUCAGGCUUGAGUGAUGUCAAUUUGAAAAUAAUAUACGAACAGUCUCUUAAAAAGCAGGAAAAGAAACAACGUAAAAAAAUGGAGGCUUUUCGAUCCAUACUAAAGCAUUUUGAGCAAAUGUUUAACCCCGACAUCACGUGGACACAAGUAAGACCAAUACUAGAAAAAACCGAGGAAUUUCAAGCCUUAAAUGAGGAAGAACAACGAAUUGAAGUCUUCAACAAAUUUAAAGAUCGAUUGAAGGAAAAACACACAAGAAAAGAUCAAGCAGAGAGCGAUGAUGAAGAGGGGACGCUCAAAGACGAAGAAUAUGAUGAAACCCGCCAUUCAUCUAGUGAUCGUAAGCGCAAGCACAAAAGCCAACGAUAUCACCAUCGACGGGAACAUCAUCAUUCUGAUUAUUCUGGCGACAGUGAACAUAGUGAUAGAGAACGAGACAGCGAUAAACGAAAAAGACGAAAGAAAACAUCAAAGCACGAUGAUCAUCACUACACAGAUCGCUAUUCCGAUUCUCACUAUACACGCCAUUCCGACUCUCGCCACUCUGAUUCUCGUAAUGAUAGCCAUUAUUACGACUCCCGUCACUCAACAUCUUCACCCCGCACAGAGAACUAUCGAAACAAAAAUGAGGCGGACAAUAAAAAUGGUGUUAUGGGCAGUAGAGACGAGAGUAAGGAGAAUAAGGAAGGCAAAGAGGGUAAAGAGACUAGAGUGGACAAGAAAGAGAAAGAGGAGGAAGAGCUGCCGGUGCAUAUAAAACAUGAUGAUUCAAGCGCAGAGGAAGGCGAGUAUGUUGAGUGA